AUGAAACAACUGGAAAAAGAAGAACGUAUGAAAAGAGCAGAAGAGGAAAGAGCAAAGCGACGAGAGUUAGCUGGAAAGGGCAGAUUCGACAGCAGCAGUGAAGAUGAAGACGAGGGACACGCUGAUGAUGAGCGCUCACGAUCCAAGUCACGGCAAUCAGUUGGGGCCGAGGAUGACGAUGGUGAGCCGGUUUUCUUAGCGAAACGGCAUGUUCUUCCUGUUGAAGACCUUCGCUCAGAGGAGGAAAAGAAGGACGAGGGUAUGUGA